AUGGCUCACAGUUCCACUGGGGUUGAUUCUGUUGUUCAUGCGCUUGGGCAGUUAGAUAUUCAGCCUGGCUUUCCUGAAAUUCUUAGACAGGAGUUGAGAUUCCUGAAGAUAUUCAUCAGCUGCCUGACUAAGUGUGAGGGAGCUGAUAAAGAUAUCAAUUUGACUAAUGCAAUUGUUAGUAUUGAAGCUAUACUGAAAGAAGCUGAUGUGGAUUCUAUUGCUCCUGAUUUGUGUACCAAAUUUGAGCAAUUUGAACCGGAGAUCAAAAGACUGAGUGCUGUUUUGUUGGACUCGUUGAAGUCCUUUUCUUGCUCAGGUGAUGAGAUCUUGGAAUUUAUCAAUUGCCUUUCUGCUAAUUUCCAGGAUCUUGCCAACAUUAAAGCUGAUCUUUUUCUUCCGGUAAUGAACCAAAUCAUGGUUCUUGGCGAAAAGCUAAGUUUCCUAAGAAUCCUUGUGGAUUUCUCUGCUAAAAGAUGCACUGACCAGAAAAUGCUAGAAGAUUUCUUGGAUUAUGUGAAGGAUUUAGUGCAAGAUGUGGCACUUAUGUCCUUGCUGUUCUUGUUGAAAGGGAAAGAUGAAAUGAUUGCCCAAGGAUUGGAAACUACGUUUCUUCAUCUACUGCAGAAGUUCAAGCCUUGCACUCCAGAGAGUAUCUGGAUGUAUGUACGACUCCUGAAAGCUUCAAAGUCAACCAGAUCUGACAAGUUUCAAAGCGGUGAAAUUGUUAUCAGGUUUGUCGAUUUUCUACUUGAAGGUUUAGUUGUCCCUUUGAAGGAUCAUGUUGAAAUCCUCAAGCAGGGUUUGAUAUUCAUGAUAGCCUUCUUGAUGGAUCCAAAAGAGGAAGCUUUGACAAGCGCUGAAGAUGGGCUUUUCACACAAGUUGACCUUCUCAUAGCAGAGGUACUUCAUCUCAUUUCUUCAUUUUGCAUGGACAAAUUAGUAGUACUGGAUAGUCCUGAUCUCCAAGAAAAGAUAGAGAAAGUUAAGGCAGAUAUUAGAACGCUUUAUGUCCCGGUGUUGAGAUCAUCAGAAUUUAAUUUCCCUAUGACAAAUGGUAUGGGAUUCAUCAAUUUCUUCUUGGAUAACUUGGAGGAAAUGAUGAAAAAGAACCCCAACAGAAUUGCUUUUGCGAAGCAUGAAAUGAUGCUUGUCCACAAGGAGCUUUUGUCCUUUAAACCACUUUUCAAAGAUAUUAUGGAGCUGCAGAUAGAAAGAAGGGACCUAAAAGAUUUUUGGAGACAAAUCAUCAAUGUUGUGUUUCUAGCAGAACAUGUUAUCACCUCGUGUUUAACCAUAGACCAUCCUAUUUGGUAUGAUUUGUUCCAUCUUUCAGAUGUACUACUUGAGAUUAAGCUAGUUGAAAUGAAGCUGAAGAAGUGUAGCAAUCGAAUAAGCGAAGUGAGAAUGUCUAGGACGGUCACAAGUUUUGGUCUUCUCCCAAUGAGGCAAGUAUAUCCUUCAAGUCUUGAUGCUGUGGUGGGUUGGAGAGAUGAGACAAAGACUAUAAUUGAGAAACUUAAAAGAGGAACAACCCAACUUGACAUUGUCUCCAUUGUAGGCAUGCCUGGCCUUGGCAAGACCACCAUAGCAAAAAAAGUGUACCAUGAUCCAUCUAUUAAAUAUUUCUUCAAUAGACGUGCAUGGUCUUGUGUUUCCCAAGUAUAUAAGCGUAGGGAGUUGUACUUGGAUAUUUUAACUGAUGUCACUGGUGUUGAUGCUCGUGAAUCUGACCCCAGCAGUACUGAUGAUGAUUUGGCUGAAACGCUCAGGAAAAGUUUGAAGCAACAAAAGUAUCUCGUUGUUUUAGAUGACAUUUGGAACAUUGAAGCAUGGGAUUGCAUAAAAGAUUCAUUUCCAGAUGACAACAAUGGAAGUCGAAUCAUAUUUACUAGCCGGAUCCAUAAUUUGGUUUCACAAGCAAAGCUGAAUUGCAGUCCCCAUCCUCUCCGUCGAAGUUUAGUAAUCCUUUCCGAGAGAAGUUCCAACGGUGGCAUAAAGGCAUGUCGUGUACAUGAUCUUAUACACGAGCUGUGCUUGGCGAAAAUUCAAGAGGAUAACUUUCUAUUUCGUGUGCAUGACAGCGAUGUUUCUCAUUCUUCCCCGUAUCCCAGGAAGUAUGAGAACUAUCGCUUGUUUAUUCAUUCUGAAUGGACGAAGUUUAUCGAUAUUAAACCUGCAGGUCCAUUUGUCCAUUCUUUAGUUCUUGUGCAUGACAUUGGAGCAUGGCAAGUAUUUCCAUCCCCCUCUACCAUUUUUAACUGCUUUAAGCUUCUUAAUGUGUUGGACUUGGAGUACAUUGUAAUAGAUGGUCCUUUUCCAGAAGAAGUAACAUUAAUGGUUCAUUUGAGAUACCUUGCAAUCCACUGCCAUGCUACAGCACUUCCACCAUCCAUUGCCAAUCUGUGGAGUCUGGAAACCUUAAUUGUGAAGGGUUCUGCUGCUGAAAUUCCUCUUCCAAGUAUCUUUUGGCAGAUGAAAAGCUUGAGACAAGUAUAUGUUCCCGAGUUGUGGCUAUAUGGUCUUGAGGAUCAUGAAUACGGUCAGUUAGAGCAUUUGGACAUUUUCUCAACACCACAUCUUAAUUCAGGAGAUGACACAAAAGAACUACUUAGAAGGUUGCCCGGGCUUCGAAAGCUUAAGUGCAAUUUUCUUGAGAGACGUUGCUCUAAUGAUCCUUAUAAGUUUCCAGAACUGAGCCGCCUGACUGGUCUCGAAGCACUCAAAGUGUAUAGCUAUGGCAUUGUAUUCUUUGGUGAGAAUCACGAUCAGUUCCCAGCUUUUGAUUUCCCCAGUAGUCUCAGAAGAUUGACACUGGGAAGGUUUUCCCUGCCAUGGAAUGCAAUAUCGAUAAUUGGGCAGUUGCCUAAUCUCGAGGUUCUCAAGCUAAGAUCGCGAGCAUUUUCAGGAAGAAGCUGGGAUGUGGAAGAUGGUGAAUUCAUAAACCUAAAGUCCUUGGAACUCCGGCAGUUAGACAUUCAAGAAUGGACUGUGAAACAUGAGCCGUUUCCCAACCUUGAACGACUUAUAGUAAAAGAUUGCUACAGCCUUGGUGGGAUUCCAUCUGGCUUGGGAUACAUUCCUACCUUGAAGAAGAUUGACAUGCGUUGGUGUUUCCAAGCCUCGAGAUCAGCCAGGGAAAUUCUUGAAGAACAGCAGGAAAUGGGGAACGAUUUCUUAGAAGUUACUGUCUUUGGUUAAAGGAAGUCUCACAGGAGAACAUUGAAGUAGCUCAAUUAAAGGAUCAGGAUCAACCAUAUCUCUGGCUGUAGGUGAAGCGUAACAACACAGAUUGAGGCUUCAGUGUUUAGUUUGUUUCGUUCCAUCUUACAGUUCAGCUAUUUGAAUCAUGUGUUUCUGGAUCAGACUCUGUAUCAGGUUUGAUAGAUUUCUGCUACAAGAAAUGGUGAAAAAUGGAUUCUUCGACUCCGGAAAGCAUUCCAAGCCCAUUUUCUGGAAGAUUUGGGGAGUUCAAUUUUCCUUAUUUACUUAUCCCUUCUAUCCUUUUUUUUUUUUAAUUUUUUUUUUUAAAAAAAAUAAAUCCCCAUUGUUUGAGUGAAAGUUGUGGAGUGAUCGCCCUUAAGGUGUAUGUAUGACUUCCCAUUAAGUGACUUGGAACCUUAAAUUAUGGGUAAUACUGCUGUGAUUAUUUCCCGGACAAAAACAUGCACAAAUUUUCAGUUCUAGUGUCCAUUUCUGGCUAUGGGGAUGGCAGUUGUGGG